GGAAUCGGUCGAAAAAAGGUUUCCGUCCUCUAGAGAACUGAAUCUUCAGGCAUUGAUUUGUGAUAUUGUGAAGAGUAUUCUUCUUUUCCUUCAACAUCGAACCUAAAGUAGAUUAGACCCGAAGCACCGAAAUUGGCCGUCAUAUUUUGGUACCUUGCCGGACAAAUAUCGGAGCACUUUGAAACAAAGUAAACACUGGGCCGCGUAGAGGCGGCAUAAAUAAUAACAUCACCGUACAUGGUCAUCAUUUCACUUUGUGUGAAUGACGGGAAUAAAUGUUGUUCCUACGAAAGAUUCAAAUCCACCGAAUUGCGUGAAAGGGACCGGUUCCAUGGCACUGUCCAUUCAACCGGAAAAAUCAUCUGUUGGCUGUAGAAAUUGUAAGUUUUUAAAAAUCAAUUAUAGUUACAUACUCAUAUUUUUUCUUGUAUUUCAAGGUUGCUCCUGGUCUGUCAAUCAGCAGAAUGGUUCGAACAAAAGUUUCCCCCUUUCGAGAGACCUGAGUCCCCGGGUUCGAUUUCAAUGGUACCGAAAAUGCCCUCGAAAUGCCAUGGUGAUGGAAUUUGUACGCUUUCUGUGUUCAUUGAGCAGAUCUGAAGCUUCAAUAAACAACGGUAGCUGCACCCUGUAUCGUAUACGCGAUGGGCCUUCCGGAUUCACUGCAUCUGACGGUGAAUCGGAAAAAAAUGCUCCACCAGAAAUGACUUGUCUGGGUCAGCGCUUUCCAAACAUUCUUUGAUGGUUUUGAUCAUAGCUAUUGAAACAACCAUGCGCCAGGUGAUUGGAGAACCCAUUGUCCAGGUGAAGAUAGAGCACCAUAUUCGCAUGAUCAUAACUUCACUUAAAAUCUGUUCUUUUGAGAAGAUUGUAUGGGAUUCAAAAAGAUUAACAUACAAAUCAGAUGGACACCAUAAAAUAAGAAAAAUAUUGUCGACUUGUAGUUUCGAUAGAAGUGAUUAAUAAAAUUGUAUAUGUUUUAAG